CGGCACCGAGGACGGCGGCGGGGCGCGCUGGCGUACACAGUCUCGGGCCAUGGUGGUGGUGGCAUCCGCACAGAGCCCGGCCGCCGGGGCCCCCAAAGUACUGCUUCUGUCCGGCCAGCCCGCCGCCGCCGCCGGAGCCCCGGUCGGCCGGGCUCUGCCACUCAUGGUGCCGGGCCAACGAGGGGCCAGUCCGGAAGCGGUGAGCGGGGGGCCGCCCCAGGCGCGCAAGCGACAGCGCCUCACGCACCUGAGCCCCGAGGAGAAGGCGCUGCGGAGGAAACUGAAAAACAGAGUGGCAGCUCAGACUGCCAGAGACCGAAAGAAAGCUCGAAUGAGUGAGCUGGAGCAGCAAGUGGUAGAUUUGGAGGAAGAGAACCAAAAACUCUUGCUAGAAAAUCAGCUUUUACGAGAGAAGACGCAUGGCCUUGUAGUGGAGAACCAGGAGUUAAGGCAGCGGUUGGGGAUGGACGCCCUGGUUACUGAAGAGGAGGAGGAGACCCAGACCAAGGGGAGCGGCGCGAGGCCGGUGGCCGGGUCUGCUGAGUCCGCAGCACUCAGACUACGUGCGCCUCUGCAGCAGGUGCGGGCCCAGUUGUCACCCCUCCAGAGCAUCUCCCCAUGGAUUCUGACGGCGUUGACUCUUCACACGCUGAGUCUGAUAUCCUGUUGGGCAUUCUGUUCAACUUGGAUCCAGUCAUGUUCUUCAGAUGCCCUUCCCCAGAGUCUACCAGCCUGGAGGAGCAACCAGAGGUCUACCCAGAAGGACCCAGUUCCUUACCGGCCUCCCCUUCUCCGUCACUGGGGACGUCAUCAGCCAAGCUGGAAGCCAUUAAUGAACUGAUUCGUUUUGACCACGUGUAUACCAAGCCCCUGGUCUUAGAGAUACCCUCUGAGACAGAGAGCCAAGCAAAUGUGGUAGUGAAAAUUGAG